AUGAAUGAAAAUUAUAAUUUUGAAAUUAUUAAAAUUUUUAUUUAUUUUUCCAUUUUACAGUUAACCGGCAUAAUUUUAAUAGCCGUGGGCGUUGCAGUCGCUACCGUCUAUACUGAAUAUGAAAUAUUUUUAGUAUCAAAAUUCUUUUCGAUACCCACAUUCUUAAUUGUUAUCGGUUCUUUCAUCAUUGUCUUCGCAUUCUUCGGUUGUUGGGGUGCUUUGAAGGAAAACUAUUGUCUCAUUUUGACUUUCUCCGUUUUGUUGGGUUUGAUCUUUAUUUUGGAAUUGGCAGCUGGCAUUAGUGGUUAUGUCUUGAGAUCAGAUGCCGAGAAUUUAAUUGAUAAAAGUCUAACCGAUUCCCUGGCAAAGUAUGAUCCUGUAAAAGUUACUGAUGUUACAGUCUUAUGGGAUUAUGUACAAAGAACGUUCCAAUGUUGUGGAGUUAAGGACUUCAAUGAUUGGCAACCCUACUUCAAAGAGGAACUACCCCUAUCCUGCUGUUCUAUACCCAAUGGUAUUGUGGGUAAUUUUAGUUGUAGCGUUACCAAUGAAGAUACCAACCGUUACAAACUUGGUUGUCUAACUGAAUUCUCUAACUUUAUUGCUGCUCAUGCUGUUAGUUUGGGUGCUGCUGGUAUUGUCAUUGCCAUUAUUCAGUUCUUUGGCGUUCUCUUCGCUUGUUAUAUUGCUCGUGAGAUUAAGAUUCGUAAUGGCAUCACUGGUUUUACGGGUUAAGACUUUGGAAGUUCGGAAAAACUUUCAAAUUAUUAGUCAGUUAUUGCUUUUUAAGUUUUACUAAAGUUUUUUUUUAUUUAUUAAAAUCUUAAUUAAUGUGUUGCAAAAUAUUUUUGUAAAUGCUUUUAAACGAAAUAAUAAAGAAUAUAAAAAUAAAUCAUGAACAAUGUUUCAAGAA